AUGGCGGAAGGAGGAGAUAACGGAUCUCCAAAAUCUUCGCCAUUGACACCAUAUGAAGAAGCACUGGAAGCCCUGUCAUCUUUGAUUACUAAACGUACUCGGGUUGGUGAUGUCAACAUGGAGGAGCGAUUCAGCGUGCUAUUUCAGUAUUUAAAGAUGCUUGAGUUGGAGGAGGCAAUUUCAAAAUUGAAGAUUAUUCAUGUUGCUGGUACUAAAGGGAAGGGAUCUACAUGCACCUUCACAGAAUCUAUAUUAUGCAACUGUGGUUUUCGCACUGGGCUUUUCACUUCUCCUCAUCUAAUUGAUAUACGAGAAAGAUUUCGUAUAGAUGGGUGA